AUGGCGGCAGCCGGGAUCGACCUGUCCAAGGUUCUUGACAGCGACACGUGUCAGGGCUGCGGCAUCAAGCUGCAAAACAAGGACCCGUCCGCGCCUGGGUAUUUCCAGGUGCCGAAGCGCAUCAUGGACUCUCUUCUGAACGACGCGAUGGGGGGGGAGUCCCAGGAAGGCGCGGGAGAGGACGCGGCCCCCGCGCUCGAGGGGGGCUGGGGCGAGGCAGCCCAGCUGGAGCCCUCCGAGCUCGCGGCGAGCCACAGCGACGGGGAGGAUGCGGGGGGCGCCGACGACAGCGACGAAGACGACGACUCGCACGUGAUGGUGGUGGACAUGGCGGGCGAGCCCGGGUGGGGCGCGGACGGGAUGCUCGCGGGCGACAGCGGCGCGGGGGAGCCCGUGGCGGAGGAGGACGCGGACGCGCUGUUCGACGCGUUUGACGACAUGGUGGAGGGGUGGCUGGACGACGACGACGCGGAGCCGGAGGAGGAGUACCGCCGCGGCGACAAGUACCGGAAGGGGGGGUACGUUCCCAUGGGGCCGGAGGACAUGCCGUCGGAUCCGAACGCGAUUCUGUGCGCGCGGUGCUACUCGCUGAUCCACUACGGGCGCGUCAAGAGCCAGGAGGCGGAGGAGGCCCUCCCUGGGUUCUCCCUGCGGCGCGCGGUGGCGAAACGCAUCCGGAACGCGGUCAUGAAGGACCGCACGGCGGUGCUCGCCUGCGUGGUCGACGUCGCCGACUUUGACGGCUCGCUGCCUCGCGCGGCGCUCAUGGACGUCCUCCCGCGGGACCCGGACGGCAACCCGACUACGAUGUCGCGCACGCGAUUCGUGCUGAUCGCGAACAAGACCGACCUGCUGCCGCGUCAGGCCACGCGUACGCGCAUCGAGGCGUGGGCGCGGCGGCGUGCGCGCCAGGGGGGUCUGCCGCGCCCCGACGAGGUGUUUUUGGUGUCGGCGGCGACGGGCCGCGGGGUGCCGACGCUGAUGGAGGGGCUCGAGGAGCAGGCCGGGGCGCGCGGCGAGAUCUUCGUCGUGGGCGCGCAGAACGCGGGCAAGUCCUCGCUGAUCAACGCGAUGCGGCGCCAGCGCGGGCUGCGGGCGCGCAUCACCGCCGCGCCGCUCCCGGGCACGACGCUGGGGCUCAUCGAGGUGCGCGGGCUCCUCGAGGGCGGCGUGCGGCUGUGGGACACCCCCGGCGUGCGGCACGGGUACCAGCUGUCGGCGCGGAUGGACGCCGAGGAGCUGCGCGACGCCAUGGCGGCCAAGACGCUGCAGCCGCGCACGUACCGCCUGGGCGAGGGCCGCAGCGUGACGAUCGCGGGCCUGGCGCGCGUGGACGUGAUCGAGUCCCCGCACGCGACGCUGUACCUCACGGUGUGGGCGUCGCAGAACCUGGUGCUGCACAUGGGCAAGACGGAGCGGGCGCCGGCGCUCCUGCGCGACCACGUCGGGGACCUGCUGUCGCCGCCGCGGAGCGCCGAGCGCGGGGCGUCGCUGGGGGAGCUCGUGCCGGCGGACGUGGAGGUGGAGGGCAGCAGCUGGCGGGAGAGCUCGGUGGACGUGUGCGUGUCGGGGCUCGGGUGGGUCGCGGUGGGCUGCGAGGGCCCCGCGCUGCUGCGCGUGUGGGCGCCGCGCGGGGUGGCGGUGACGACGCGGGACGCGCUGGUCCCGGACUUCGCGAAGCGGUUCGAGACGCCCGGGUUCUCGUCCAACAUGCCGCUGGUGGCGGGCGGCAAGAAGGGGCGGAAGGAGGCGACGCAGAGCAAGCAGGCGCGGCGGACCGGAACGCGCCUCGACCGCGGCGGGAAGCGGACGACGCGCACGAAGAAGACCGGCGGGCGCGGGCGGCGGUAG